ACAUUCACCAUGGCCUCCAAAUCAAUAUGUACACGCUGCCUGCGUGCUGCAUCGACGACAUCACAAACACAACUAGGCAGAUCGACAAUUCGAAGGGCGUUCAUCUCAACUGCGACUCCUUCUCAGCAACAACCCAAGACACGCAAACUCCAUCAAUCGACAAGAAACAAGGCCAAUCCCGCAUUCGAGUCCUCCAGCCAACCCGCGCAAGAGAUACCUCCGAUAUCCGGCAUCAAGCCAACCAGCAGCAAGAAUGACUCCUCCCGUCUACUCCUCCAACCGAACAACCUCUUCCACUCGUUCACAAACUCACCCUCGCCCGCGAUCCGUAAACGAGCUGCGUUCAUGCGUCAGAAUGCAUACUGUCCUCAUCCCGAGCAUCAAGCCACGAGAGCACCCACGUCACCUCACGAUCUCGAAGCACGAAAGACAGGUGCCACUCCUCCUGCACAUGUCCGAUAUGAAUGUCCCGACUGCGGUAUACCAGUCUCUUGCAGUGAAGAGCAUUUCGUGGAUGACUACGAGAGCCAUCUGGAGAUCUGUGAUUUGUUGAGGGAGAUCAAUGAGGAUGACCAUGACUUGCACAGUGGGCGGUUCUUCACAGAGUUCGAGUACCCGUCUGCCUCGAUGGAAGAGGCGCAGGCGAAUAUGACGAAUUGGGACACACUUUUGUACAGCAGAGAGUUCACGGCGAUCAAUGAUGCGAGGAGGAUGAGACAAGUCACGCGGCUGUUGACAUAUCCGAUCACGAUUGGGAGUAUCCUCCACGAGCUCAGUCCGUACAACUUGAAGGACCGUCUUCUACCUGAAGGACUGAGAUCGCUGAGUGCUCUCCGGUACACCCUUCACCCUCCCCGCUCAGGAGCCGGCAUCGACGUCAAAGGCCUCCGACCCAACCCACCUCCAGUCCGUCUCUUCAUCCUCGGGGCUCGCGCAGAAUCCUCCCUACCUCGCGAAGUCUGGCUGCAACUAGCAUACCUCUUCCCUCGCGCUACCUUCCAUCUCCACUUCAUCGGCCCCGAAAGCAUGACGAAUCGCGAUGACGAGUUCCCUCUCCCCGACCGCACUCCCUCCAACCCCUUUGGCGCCAUCGUUGAAGACCGUCUCGGAGGCGCAGUCAAGAUCUCCACGUACGUCGAGUACUUCCACACCCUCCACGAGGCACAACACUUCGCGCCAUAUGAUCCAUAUUUCGAUGCUUUCGUUAUGUUCCACCCUGGGCUGGGUCAUCCCGCGAGUUCACACGAGUGGGCUUCGACUUUGCCGCAAUUGCUGGAGACGAAAGUUCCUGUGAUUUGCACGGGGUACACAGACUUUGAUAUGCAAAGGGAUAUCGAGUGGGCGAAGAAGGAGGCGGGUGGAGAGAUGGACAUUAUUCUGGAGCCGGGCGAGAACCGAUUCAGGAGUUUGAGAUGGGAUAUGAAUGAUCUCGAUCCGGGUGAUGUGAGUUGUGGGAAUUGGGGCGUCUGGGGGUUUAGAGGGAAGAGGUAUGAGACGGAUGCUUAUACCGGAAAGACGACGGAGUAA